AUGCUACCCUCAACAUCUUCUGAUAUUCCACAAAAAAUUGAUGAGCAAAAUUUUUCGGAUUAUGAAGAUGCAGUGGACAGCGAAGAAGAAUUGAAUAAAUUAUGCACAUCUCUGAAGAGUCAUUUGGUUCAUAAAACGUGAGAUUUUGAGGUGGAAUUCAAAUUUUUCGUAGAAAGAUUACCUUGAAAACUUGAAAAUUUUCAAAAAUGUAUAUUUAUCUCUUCUAGGCGCCUCAAGAAUGAGCGGAAAAUCUCAAAACAACCACGAGCUCCUCCUCAAGUUGUCAAAUAUCGAUCUUCGAGUAGCGAUCAUUCAAGCAUUGAAAAACUUCGUGAGUUUUCCUGGAUUUUCAUAAGCUUCAGAUCAAUUGUUUUGAUUUUUAGAACCCGGAGAAAUGAGAUCGCGAAGAAAUACAGCAGCAAUGAGAAAAAGGAAUAAUGGUGGUGGAAGUGAUAGCGAUCAUAGUGAUUGGCGACUUUUGAAUCAUGCUGUGAGUUUUGGAGUUGGGACCUAAGAAGUUCGGACUUGAGUUUGAACAAAAAAUAAUUUUAACCGAAAAUUGUUUAUCUCUUGAACAGGGUUUUUCCAUUCUGAAGUUCCUAAUGCAAUAUGUGGGUUACUGUAGAAAAUUAUUUCAUUUAUUAUCAAUUUUUCGCAAGCCUGGGUAGUUUAUGAGUCAAAAAUUAAUCUUCCUAAUCAGAGAUACUGUAGAAACGUGCAAAAUUGUUCAAUUCAUGUACUUCUACGGUUACUGUAGAUUUUUUUAAAUCCUUUUUGGUCAUGUUGAAAUUCUUGCCAAUAUUUUUAAAAGAAUUACUGUAUUUUUCAUUUAUAAAGAAGUUAUUUUCAAAAUCUAGGGAAAGGUAGAAUUCUUAUUUCUGGGUCUACAGUAAUCAUAUAAUUGGGUGAAGGAAGGAUUACUGUAGUUUAUUAAUCUACGUGGAUCUUGCCAAAAAGAUGGGUACUGUAGAUUUCUGACCCUUUUUCAAGAAUAUUCAACCAAAAAAAUUACGGUAGUUUUAUAUUCUAAUAUUUACUCUAGGUUAUUGUAGAAUUUGCUAAUUAUCUCUAAAAAUUCCACAAAAAAUGCCGAAUUUCCUAAUUUCAGUUCCAAGAAAUGGCUCAUUAUCCUCUGCUUGUUCAAUUAAAUGAACAAUUAAUGGAAAUAACUCGCCAAUUGAAUGAAAUCGAAGCAACAAAUGGUUUACAACUCAAAGUUAUAAUGCAUCUUCUUCAUCGUUUAUCAAAACCUAGACAAUCUUGGCUAUCAAUUAUUUUUCGAUUUUUCAAAAAUUUCCAAUUUUUAAUCUUCGCCUUUACUUGGCCAUUUGUAGCAAGAGUUUUAUAUUUUUGGUAUCUCAAGAUAACUUAUCGUAACUAA